AUGGUCGUCCCACGGAAGCCCCAGCACUUGUCCCACGUCGUGCUUCUGGCUCUCUUUCUCCUGCCCCAGGCCCAGCCGUCCGGCGUCUUCGAGCUGCAGAUCCACUCUUUUGGGCCAGGCCCGGGCCCCGGGGCCCCGCGAUCGCUGUGCAGCACGAAGGGGCCCUGCCGCCUCUUCUUCCGAGUCUGCCUGAAGCCUGGGGUCUCCAAGGAAGCCUCCGAGUCCGCGUGCACACUGGGCGAGGCACUGAGCGCUCCGGGCCCCAUCUACACUCGGCAGUCUGGAGCACCUCGGUCCGACCUAUCCCUGCCCGAUGGCCUCAUGCGGGUGCCCUUCCGUGACACCUGGCCGGGUGCUUUCUAUCUCAUUGUUGAAACCUGGAGAGAAGAGUUAGGUGAGCAGAGUGGAGGACCGGGCUGGAGCUUGCUGUCGCGCGUGGCAGGACGGUGGCGCCUGGAGGCCGGAGGCCCCUGGGCUACCGACGUUCAGAGCGCGGGAGGCUGGGAGCUGCGUUUCUCGUACCGCGCGCGCUGUGAGCCUCCAGCUGUCGGGGCCUCGUGCACGCGCCUCUGCCGCCCCCGCAGCGCCCCCUCGCGGUGCGGCCCUGAACAGCGGCCCUGCGCUCCUGUCGAGGACGAAUGCACCGAGCCCCAGGUUGUGGCCUGUCGAGCUGGCUGCAGCCUAGAGCACGGCUUCUGUGAGCAGCCCAAUGAAUGUCAGUGCCUCCAGGGCUGGGAAGGACCUCUUUGCACAGUCCCAGUGUCAAGCAGUAGCUGCCUCGGUCCCAGGGGCCCAUCUUCUGCCACCGCUGGAUGCCUUAUACCAGGGCCUGGGCCAUGUGACAGGAACCCAUGUGCCAAUGGCGGCAGCUGUACUGAAACACCAGGCUCCUUCGAGUGCGCCUGUCCCCGGGGCUUCUACGGGUUGCGGUGCGAGGUGAGUGGAGUGACAUGCGCAGAUGGACCCUGCUUCAAUGGCGGCUUGUGUGUCGGGGGAGCGGACCCGGACUCUGCCUACGUAUGCCACUGCCCGCCCGGCUUCCAAGGCUCAAACUGUGAGAAGAGGGUGGACCGCUGCAGCCUGCAGCCAUGCCGGAACGGCGGGCUCUGCCUGGACCUGGGCUAUGCCCUGCGCUGCCGCUGCCGUGCGGGCUUCGCGGGUCCGCGCUGCGAGCACGACCUGGACGACUGCGCCGGCCGCGCCUGCGCCAAUGGCGGCACGUGCCUGGAGGGUGGCGGCGCGCGCCGCUGCUCUUGUGCACUGGGCUUCGGGGGCCGUGACUGCCGGGAGCGCGCCGACCCGUGCGCCGCGCGUCCCUGCGCUCACGGUGGCCGCUGCUACGCCCACUUUUCUGGCCUCAUCUGCGCCUGCGCGCCGGGCUACAUGGGCGCUCGGUGCGAGUUCCCGGUGCACCUCAGCCGCGCGGAUGACAGCGCGAGAGCACUGCCCAGGGCACCGGCGGCCUCUAGGCAGGAGAACUUGCAGCGCUUCCUUUGGGCCCCAGCUUUGGGAUUGCUGAUGGCCGUGGUCUUGGCUGGCGCUGCGCUCUUGGUGGUCCACUUGCAACGUCGUGUUCCUAGCGGGGAUACCGGGUCCCGGCUGUUGGCAGGAACCCUAGAGCCAACCAUCCACGCGUUCCCUGAUCCUCUUAACAACUCGCAGGCACGAGAGGAUUCCGAGGAUGGUCCAAGCCUGUCUGCUGAUUGGAGUCAUUCAGAAGAUGGAGAUGGUCGAGCAGUUUAUGUCAUAUCUGCUUCUUCUAUCUAUGCCCGGGAGGUAACUGUCCCUCUCUACUUUGGCUGCAAACUUUGGACAUAG